AUGCAUUGUUUCCAAACCCGAGAAAAAAUUUCAAUCUCCCAAGAAAACUUUUCGUCUUUUUUCCUUGUCAGAGCACUGUCAGAGUAUCUCAUCGUCUUCCUCUCGUCUUCGUCGUCGCCUCUGAACUUAAACACCAAAAUCCGAGAGAAAGCUUUCAUUGCACGCAAAAG